CGCCUCCUCGUCGGGCCGGGCACGGCGGGCCGGGGCCUUUGUGUGAGGCGGCGGUGGCGAUGGUGCUCUGGCCCCGCGGAGCCGGGUGAACUGUGCUGAUACAGAGGCAACUUCACAGGAGCUGCUAAGAUGGGCAUGAGGAUCAAACUGCAAAGCACCAACCACCCCAACAACCUGCUGAAGGAACUCAACAAGUGCCGGCUCUCGGAGACCAUGUGUGAUGUCACCAUUGUGGUGGGGAGCCGCUCCUUCCCAGCCCACAAAGCUGUGCUGGCCUGUGCCGCUGGCUACUUCCAGAACCUCUUCCUGAAUACUGGGCUCGAUGCCGCCAGGACCUACGUGGUAGACUUCAUCACCCCUGCCAACUUUGAGAAGAUCCUGAGCUUCGUCUACACAUCAGAGCUCUUCACAGACCUGAUCAAUGUUGGAGUCAUCUACGAGGUAGCCGAGCGCCUAGGUAUGGAAGAUCUCCUUCGGGCCUGUCACUCUACCUUUCCUGACCUGGAAAGCACUGCUGUGGCCAAGUCCCUGACUGGCGCCAGUGAGGGCCACUCUGGUGCCCAGAGCUGUAGCUCAGCAGAACCUGCCUAUCCCCUUGGAGACCUCCGGGCUGGUGGGGAGCACUUCGGCCCUGAUAGGAACUAUGUGUUACCUAGUGAUGCUGGAGGAAGCUGUAAAGACGAAGAGAGAAAUGUUACCGGUGACACUAACCACAGCCUGCCUCUGCCACAGCAGCCACUGCCACCAAAGACAGAAGACCAUGACGCUCCUGCCCCUUUCACAUCUGUUCCCAGUAUGGUGACUCAGCCAGGCCUCAGCACUGCCAGCAUGGCCAUCCAAACCAGCACGAGCUCCUGCCAGCCAUACAAAGUUCAGAGCAAUGGAGACUUCAGUAAAAGCAGUUUCUUCACUGCUGACAAUGCAAUUGACAUUACCACUGGGACCAACUCCUGUCUGAGCAACAGCGACCACUCCAAAGAUCCAGGUUUUGGGCAGAUGGAGGAGCUCCAGCUGGAGGACCUGGGGGACGAUGACUUGCAGUUUGAAGACCCCACUGAGGAGAUAGGCACAGCCGAGGAGGUGAUCGAAUUGAGUGACGACAGUGAGGAUGAGCUGACUUUUGGAGAGCACGACAGCCGCGAGAAUAAGGCCAUGCCCUGCCAGGUAUGCAAGAAAGUUCUAGAGCCCAACAUUCAGCUGAUCCGACAGCAUGCUCGGGACCACGUGGACCUGCUGACAGGCAACUGCAAGGUCUGUGAGACCCACUUCCAGGACCGAAACUCCCGGGUGACCCAUGUCCUGUCCCACAUUGGUAUUUUCCUCUUCUCCUGCGACAUGUGUGAAACUAAAUUCUUUACCCAGUGGCAGUUGACCCUCCACCGGCGAGAUGGAAUAUUUGAGAACAACAUUAUUGUCCACCCCAACGAUCCCCUGUCUGGGAAGCUGGGUUUGUUUUCAGGGACAGCCCCUGCAGAGUUGAAGUGUGCUGCCUGUGGGAAGGCACUGGCCAAAGAUUUCCACGUGGUCCGGGGGCACAUCCUGGAUCACUUGAACCUGAAGGGCCAGGCCUGCAGCGUCUGUGACCAGCGCCACCUCAAUCUCUGCAGCCUCAUGUGGCACACGCUGUCCCAUCUCGGCAUUUCAGUCUUCUCCUGCUCGGUCUGUGCGAACAGCUUUGUGGACUGGCAGCUCCUAGAGAAGCACAUGGCCGUGCACCAAAGUGUGGAGGACGCCCUCUUCCGCUGCCACCUGUGCAGCCAGAGCUUCAAGUCGGAGGCUGCCUACCGCUACCACGUCAGCCAGCACAAAUGCAGCAGUGGCCUUGAUGCCAGGCCUGGCUUUGGGCUCCAGCACCCAGCUCUCCAGAAGCGGAAGCUGCCAGCAGAGGAGUUCCUGAGUGAGGAGCUGGCUCUGCAGGGCCAGCCUGGGAACAGCAAGUACAGCUGCAAGGUCUGCGGCAAAAGGUUUGCGCACACAAGCGAGUUCAACUACCACCGGCGGAUUCACACGGGCGAGAAGCCAUACCAGUGUAAGGUGUGCCACAAGUUCUUCCGAGGUCGCUCAACCAUCAAGUGCCACCUGAAGACGCACUCGGGGGCCCUCAUGUACCGUUGCACGGUCUGUGGCCACUACAGCUCCACCCUGAACCUCAUGAGCAAGCACGUCGGCGUGCACAAAGGCAGCCUCCCGCCCGACUUCACCAUCGAACAGACCUUCAUGUACAUUAUCCAUUCCAAAGAGGCAGAAAAGAACCCGGACAGCUGACUGGGCCCCAGCGGAGCUGGGGGGAGCUCCCAGGCGGCAGCCAGGACAUUGAUUUUCUAGUGGCUGUUGGUCCCUCUCCAGCCGAAGUUUCAAUUUUGCCUUGCUACGAAUUCUGUUCUGUCUUGCGUUUAAAGAAGAAAAAAAGAAGAAAGAGCACA